AUGACCACCCCCGCCACCAAUCAGGGGGCUGUUGACGCCGCCGAACUUCGGCAGAGAGCUCCCCACGGGUCUCCGUCCGGAGACAAUGUGGGACCCACCGACGCCGGGACCACUUGCUCAACCGCCGAGUCCGGUUCCACUGCCGAGGUAAAGGGUAAGAAGACGUAUGGACGCACUCCUGACGGUACAGUUUUCAUCGUGCCUACUACUCAUGACAUGGUAUCGCAGCUGUUGGACCCACGCCAGCCCAAGAACUUGUCUGAUGCCACCGUCCUGGCUAUCCUCGGCGCCCUCAUCGCCCUGGCCUACCUGCUUCCCGCUACCUGGAAAAAACCCGUCUUUGCCCUCGUCUUCCUCUUCUGGCGUGCCGCCUACAACGCUGGUAUUGGACUCCUACUCCACCACCAGUCCCACCAUCGCCGACUCAUCACGUGGGCCCGUCGCUGGAAGCUGUUCGAAAAACCUGACUCCGGAAACCAGCCGAGGCCAUGGCUGUACAAUUUUCUAAAAAAGGAACUCGAAAUUAAGAUACCCGAGGACUACGAGUUCGAAAAGGCGCCCCUCGAAUACAACACCUGGCUCGUCUUCCGCAGGGUCGUCGAUCUCAUCCUCAUGUGCGACUUUGUUUCCUACUGUCUCUUUGCCGUCAUCUGCGGACACCGCCCCGAAGAGGAGAGCCUCACCCUUGGAAUAGCUCGUUGGGUGUUCGGCAUUACUCUCGUCGGCUUCAACCUGUGGGUCAAGCUCGAUGCUCACCGCGUGGUCAAAGACUUUGCAUGGUACUGGGGUGACUUCUUCUACUUGAUCGACCAAGAUUUGACGUUUGAUGGCGUAUUCGAGAUGGCCCCUCAUCCCAUGUACAGCAUCGGCUAUGCCGGAUUUUAUGGCAUCUCCAUGAUGGCUGCUAGCUACGAGGUGCUCUUCAUCUCUAUCGCUGCCCACCUCGCCCAGUUCGCUUUCCUUGUGACAGUUGAGAACCCACAUAUCGAGAAGACCUACAACCCGCCUCCCCCCCGCAAGAGGAGCGAAGCCCGGAGCCAAAGUGACUCGCAAUUGAUGCUAGAGGUGCCGUCGGACCAACAGCCUUCGGCUGUGUCCAUGUCUCGAAUGGAGCUCCCCUAUCCGGUCCACGACAUGGUUGGCCUGGGUAACAUCGAUCUGUUCCGUGUGCCCGAUGUCGCCGUCAUCCUGCUGCCGUCGUAUGUAGCUGCCCUCACGUUCGCCACUCCCUCAACCCCUGUCUGGCAGGGUGCCUUCGUGAUGCAUGCUCUCGCCUGGCGUCUCUGGUAUCACCUGGCGCUGGGCAUUAUCCUUGAUCAGCAGUCCAAGACCAAGAUGUGGACCCGUCACUUCCUCAAGUUUGGUGAGAGCGCCGGCGAAGCUUGGCGUCAGUGGAAAGGCCUGCACCACAUCUUCCAGAUCAUGGCCAACGCCUCUUUCAUGGCUGCGUGCUGGAAGAUGUACAAUGCACCCGAAGACUGGACCCACGGCCUCGUCCUGCUCAAGCACGUCCUCGGCGCGAGCCUGGUUGCGCUCCAGCUGUGGACCGCGUUCAGCGUCUACGACUCACUCGGCGAGUUCGGUUGGUUCUGUGGUGACUUCUUCUUUGACCAACGUGCCAAGCUCACAUACACCUCCAUCUACCGAUUCGUGAACAACCCCGAGCGUGUCUUUGGCAUCGCCGGAACCUGGGGCGCCGCCCUCAUUACGUGGAGCAGAUCCAUCUUCCUCCUUGCCAUGAUGACCCAGCUUCUGACCUUAUGGUACAUUACCUAUGUUGAACGCCCCCACAUGCAAAAGGUGUACGGCAUGUCACUGCGCCGUGAGGCCGGCCUGACCAAGUUCAUCAAGCGACAGCUGCCGUCGCCUGUGAGGACAUGGUCCGAGAGCGUCGACAAGGUCCUGGACGAAACAACCCACUUCGUCGAGGACUUUAUCGACACGGCCCGUCCCAAGUUUGCCUCGGGAAUGAAGACUGUUGUGCGUGACACGACCGCCCUGUUCAACGUAGCCCCCGCGCGCCUCACCAUCACAAGGAUAUCCCCCGACCUGGAGGGCCUGAACCCCAAGUACUACGCCCUCUCGGUGAGCGGCACGGAAUUUCCGACCCACUCGGGCUUCAAGCACAGGUCUACGGGCAAGGAGAGCCUCAACGCUCGGUUCCCCAAGGAGGUGAAGACGCGGGUCUACGAAUACGGCACGCCCCUCAAGGUGACGUGGAGGGCGCCUGCCAACCACAGCAAGAGUGACUGGAUAGGCCUGUACAUGGUGACGGACAACCGCUCUAGGGAAGCGACCGAGGUGUCGUCGCUAGGCCGGUGGGCCCCCACCAAUGAAAGGGUCUACGACGCGAUGACAGCCGACGUGAGCAUCACGACGCCGGAGCACAGCGUCCCCGCAGACGACGGUAGCGACGUCGACAUGGUGUCCGGUGAGGUUGCCUUCCACGGCGACAAGCUGUGGUGGACCCAAGGCGUCUUUGAGUUCCGCUACCACCACGACGGGAAGCACACCGCUAUGGCUAUCUCCGAGCCCUUUGAGAUUCGCAUCGCCAAGUUUGUCGCGGACGAUGAUGAUGACAACAGCGUCGAUGGAGAUGGUGUGGUCGAGAAAUUCAAUUCCCAGGGCAUCAGCGGUGCGUACGAGGCUGCGGUGGAGGAGGCCAUCCUGCCGGUCGUGCAGAACUGCCUCGACCGCGACCCGGACAUUUCACCUUGUAGCGUCGACGAGCCGUUCGGCAGCCAUGUCGAGAGGGACAGCAAGUACUCGAAGCGGGUGGUGUAUGCUAUCCGCGAAAUGUUUGGCAUCGAGUUUGCACCUGCUGUGGUGAUGGCGGAUGGUAAUGUGAGAAAGCUGGCGUGGAGGAUAUGCAAUGCUAAGCAAGUUCUGGUGAGUCUGCAGGUCAUCCCUUCCAAGGAAGAGGAGAGGACGGAAGCUGACAUGUGA